AGUACUUCGACGCUGUGGCUGUCGUCUUGUCGGUGGCUAACAGUAAACAGCGUUUGUUUGACCAAGGGACUCUCCUAAACGGAGUGAUUUCUAUUUAUUUUAGUGCUUAAGUAACAGUUGAUUAACAUGGCUGAAAAAUUUGACAACCUGGAGGAGCAUCUGGAGAAAUUUAUCGAGAAUAUUCGACAGCUGGGAAUCAUCGUCAGCGACUUCCAGCCUAGCAGCCAGGCAGGACUCAACCAGAAACUAAAUUUCAUGAUAUCUGGUCUACAAGACAUCGAGAAGUGCCGUCAACAGCUUCAUGAGAUCAACGUACCGCUGGAGGUCUUUGAAUACAUUGACCAAGGUCGAAACCCUCAGCUGUACACCAAGGAAUGUUUGGAGAGAGCCUUGGCGAGGAACGAGCAAGUCAAGGGGAAGAUCGACACUAUGACGAAAUUCAAGAGCCUUCUCAUCUCAGAGCUCAGCAAAGUUUUUCCAGAAGAAAUGUCCAAGUACAAGGCUAUACAUGGAGAAGAUGCCCCCUCCUAGUGACACCUACACCAUGACCCCCCGACCUUCAAUCUGUGACCCUCAAAAAAAAUGAAAGCCUGGAUGGAGUUUGAGCAAAUUGGAUCCUGUGUGGGUGCCAGCGGAAUAUGAAAAUACCAAGUUAUUAUUUUUCAUGAAUGUUGUGAUGCAGUUGCUGACCAGUAUCCUGAGGGAGACGCUUUUCUUUCUGCUCAGCACCCUGACUCAGCCAAAUCCCUUCUCUUCUUUUAAUUUCUAAACUUCAUUUAAAGGAAUGCAAAUCAACAGCAAGUAUACGGGAGAACUAGAAAGGAGAAACAAAUAGUUUUUUCUGUGCUGGCUUGUUAUGUUGCCAAGAGACACAUUUGUUUUUAAUGCCCCCUUUGAUGCAUGGACACAGAGUUUGCAGCAGAAUAUGUCUACAGCUCCCAACUGUACAGACAAAAAUGUUACAGCGCCUGUCUGAUUGUGCAUCAACAGAUUUACCCCAUCAGUUGUACAUACAGUGUAUUUAUACUCUUAAACUCUACUUUUUGUAAUUCUUCCUAAUCAUUGUGCAACAUGCAUUUGUACCACACACAGUUCAUAACAUUUUGUAUCAAGCUCAGGUUUCUAAUGGCCAUGAUAAUUGAAUGCAAAUGUUAUUUGAAGGUACUACUGUGCCUGAUCACAUGGUCAGAAAUGUGUCCACUCUUUAUUUGUAACUUGUUUGUACUAUAAUGUUUGUUAAUAAAUUAUCCUUGUUGGACUGA